AUGGGCGCCUCAGCACUUGAUCCCAACUUGGAUGAUGAAUGGAAAGAGUGGAAGAUGAAAUAUGGAAAAUCAUACAGCCUGGAGGAAGAAGCCCUGAGAAGAGCAGUAUGGGAGGAAAACAUGAAAAUGAUUAAACACCACAAUGGGAAGGAUGGCCUGGGUAAGAAUGGCUACACCAUGGAAAUAAACGAGCUUGGUGACAUGACUGAUGAAGAGUUCAAGGACACGAUGAUUGGUUCCCCAAUGAAAAAGCACAACACGGGGCGAGGCCUCUGGAAACGUUCUCUUGGCGGUUUACCCAAAUCUGUGAACUGGCGAAAGAAAGGCUACGUGACCCCUGUGCGGAGACAGGGUAAAUGCAGCGCUUGUUGGGCUUUCUCUGUAACUGGUGCCAUAGAAGGACAAGUAUUCCAAAAAACAGGCAAACUCACCCCUCUGAGUGUGCAGAACCUGUUGGACUGUUCUAAACCUCAUGGCAAUAACGGCUGUGAUACGGGUAAUACAUACAAUGCUUUCCAGUAUGUUUUGCACAAUGGAGGUGUGGAGGCUGAGGCAACCUACCCAUAUGAAGGAAAAGAUGGACCUUGCAGGUAUGAUCCUAAGAAUUUAUCUGCUAAAAUCAAAACAUUUUUGGCCCUCCCAGAACAUGAGGAUAUCCUAAUGGAUGCUGUAGCAACUAAAGGACCCAUUGCUGCUGGAGUUGACACGUCUCAUAAUUCUUUCAGGUUCUACAAGGAAGGUAUUUAUCACGAGCCAAAUUGCAGCAGUGAUACCGUCAAUCAUGCAGUUCUGGUGGUUGGUUAUGGAUUUGAGGGAAAUGAAACAGAUGGGAAAAACUACUGGCUGAUCAAGAACAGCUGGGGUAAAAAAUGGGGCAUGAGGGGCUACAUGAAAAUUGCCAAGGACCAGAACAACCACUGUGGAAUUGCUUCAUUUGCCCAGUACCCUAUUGUGUGAACAGCCUAAUUGCCCACAAGGGAGCACUUGGCAGGAGACAGCAUUUCCCGAGGGGUGCCAUCCACUUCAAUGACCAACAAUUGCUUCAUGUGU